UAAAAAUAACAAAUGAUCUAAUAAGUGUCGGAGUGAAGGGAUUAAUUAGUAAUCAUGUGUUACUAGAUUUUUCUAAUCUUUCUCGCUAAUUUGUAAAGUUAUUUCGUACAUAUUCGCGAGUUGUUGGUUGUUUCUGCACAAUAAUCAUGUAACUUUUUUCAUUUUUAUAUUGAUUUUUCUCACCCAGUUGCUCAGACAUUGCGCGGAAUGUUUCCAAAUUGAUAAUUUUCAUGUCUGUUUUCUGUAGAUAAAACACUGCUUGAAAUAAUAAUCCUAUUUGAUGCAAUUAUGGAUAGAUUUACGUUUGUGGUGGUUCUCUUCGCCGUAUCUCAUAACCCAAGCUGUAUUUAAAAUAUUUCACCAACAAUUCGCAUCAAGCUUCCAAUAACUGUAUGAAAAUCAAUCAGUAUCUCCGGAGUUUUCAUUCAAUUCGCUACUAACAAACUGCAACGUGCAAAAUAUUCUUGAAAAUUUGACAAUGAGAUAGCGACGACGACGACGAACGAAAGAGAUGAAUAUCUGAAUAGAGUGUAAAGUGUGAAGGAAGAAGAGCUCGGUGUGCGUCAUUUAUAAAUAGCUCCCACAUAUGAUUUGCAUGUUUAUAUGCUAAUGUAUAUUUCGUGGAGCGGACGCGUACGAGUACGAUGAUGUGUGGGUUAUUAAGUCACAAUGUGUGCUACGUUCGUUGAAUUCUUGGUGGAUUUUCAUUCGAUUGUAUCGGUUAAAAAUGGUGGUGAAUUCGAAAUCCUUCAAAUACAAACUAGUAUCGAAAGUAUUUCAGGGUACGAAAACUACGUCUCUUACGUAUGACAUCGCGCUCAUCAAGUUGAUACUCUGAGUCUCUGAAGUCUGAUACGCCCGUAAAUUCCUACAUAGAUGAAAAAUCAACCAUCCAAAAUGGUUGUUCCGGAUGCUAUUCAUAAUAUUAUGGGUGGUAUAGAAAACACCGGCGAUGUUAGACUACACAAUCAUCGUAGAAAAUUGAAACAAAGGUUUGAUAUUGUCAAGAAAUUGGGACAAGGUACUUAUGGAAAAGUGCAGCUUGGAAUAAAUAAAGAAACUGGACAAGAGGUUGCGAUUAAAACGAUUAGAAAAUGUAAAAUAGAAACAGAGGCAGAUUUAAUAAGAAUCCGAAGAGAAAUUCAAAUCAUGUCUUCGGUCAGGCAUCCGAAUAUCAUUCAUAUUUACGAAGUAUUUGAAAAUCGAGAGAAAAUGGUACUAGUUAUGGAAUACGCUGCUGGCGGUGAAUUGUACGAUUAUUUAAGCGAGAGGAAAGUACUCGUCGAAGAAGAAGCUCGUCGAAUAUUUAGACAAAUCGCAACAGCAGUUUAUUACUGUCAUAAACAUAAUAUUUGCCACCGAGAUCUCAAGUUAGAAAAUAUAUUACUAGAUGAAGAAGGAAACGCGAAGAUCGCAGAUUUUGGAUUAUCGAACGUAUUCUCGUACUCUUCUUUAUUAUCUACGUUUUGUGGAAGUCCCCUGUACGCCUCUCCGGAGAUUGUUAAAGGAACGCCGUAUCAUGGACCGGAAGUGGAUUGUUGGUCGUUGGGUGUACUUUUGUACACUUUAGUGUAUGGAGCUAUGCCUUUCGAUGGAUCUAAUUUCAAACGACUGGUUAAACAAAUCUCUCAAGGAGAUUAUUUUGAACCAAAGACUCCAUCUCCUGCUUCGCCUUUAAUUUCCGAAAUGUUGAACGUGAACCCGGCCCGACGAGCUGAUAUUUCAGUGAUUUGUAGUCAUUGGUGGAUUAACGAAACGUAUUCGGAAGUAUGUUUGGACGUAGCGGAAGAGCUGGCUAGCUUGACUCCGGUCCGUUUAGAUUUGCUGUUGUCUUUGAAUGCUCCUCCAGUGAGCAGUGAUAAACUCGUAGUUGAUAACGAUCAGGCUUCGGCUAACGCUGAAUUGAAUGGCGCCUUAGAUCGUCCUGUCAGAUCGCAUAGUAUGGGUAGUAUUCCACCACAAGCUGCCGUUUCAAACAUGGCUCCUCUCGUAUUACCCGAAUCGAAAGAAACAAAACCAGAACGAAAAUCCAAGUCGGCUAAAAAAGAUCGUACUCAAAGAAGAAAAGAGAGAUCUCGAAGCAGAUCCAGGAAAUCAGAUAGCUUCGAAGAUGCCGAGAAGCCUAGAAGUAAAGAUGAAAAAGAAAGAACGCCCGCUCCUUUGGUUAAUUCUGAAACCCAAGUCAUCACUAAAACUCCUACCGAAGUCGCUCCUCCAAUUGAAUCUCCCAAGGAAUCUGCUGAGCCAGAAAAAGAAUCUGCCAAACCCGAAGAACCUAAACCAGUAUUAACGGAAAGGAGAAGAUCGAAAGUAUUCGACGUUGCUGAAAAAUUCAACGCCGAUAGCAACAAGAACUCGUUUGUUAAAUCACCUUCGAAGAAAAUCGUUUUACCAGGUAUUAACGUGGACGGAGCUAGAAAAGAAUUCGAAAGAAGAUCGUCUCUGGUUGGCGCUUCUCCGCCCAAAAAACCAUCCAGCGCUAGUCCCAGUCCUCCAGAUGAUGCUUUCCCUCUUGCCUCCACCGUUGCUUUGAAUAAACUAGUCGAAUCUGCGUUCAAAGAUGAACCACCGUUUGAAAAUAUCGCCUCGUCUGAACCCGAACUGGCCAGAGAAGAACAAAAUGAUAAAAUUAGACCUGUCAAGAUGGCAUCCAAUGUGGCCACUGCUGAAACGAAUAACAAAGCAGCUACGUUACCAAGACGUAAAACGUCCAGAGCUGAAAUUCAAUUAAUGCCACCUCAAUUUCCACCGGAAAAUUUCAAAACUGAAGUUGAACAUUUCGUUAAUAAACCCGCUGUUAAUCAUAAAACUGAGGUUGUAAUACCAGUUUCUGCUCCAUUGCCACCCAAACCUCUCACCAAACAAGACAAUCAAUCCAAAGAACACGUAAUCCCAAUUCAAAUCGAAGCCGAUGUGCCUAGGAAGAUAUCAAGUCCACAACCUUCUCUGCCUACUUGGUCUUCGAAAUCGAGUAUUGCUAGAACGAUCAGUAGUUCUUCCAGUCUUUCACGUCAAAGUACAGUGGAUUCGGACAGCGGUAGCACCAUCAGCACCGGCGAACCUAUUAGAAAAUCUCCCAGAGAAGUGAUUAUUCCGAUCGCGGUCGAAGGAGGUGGUUUUGUAACGCCCAGCGAAGACACGUUAACUAGAAUGAGCUCGGUGAACGUAGACGAAGACGUUAACCGAAGCGGCAGCAGGUGUUUCACAUUACGUAGUACAAAACGUCGCCAACCAGAACAAAGCAGCCAAGGAUCGCAGCUAGACACAGCCGAUAGCUUGAGCUCGGACGAAGACGAUAAUUUCCAAUUAUUGACAGCGGAAAAUCUCUUUUCCACGUUACUCUCCAGGGUUCGUAGCUUGACUCAAAGACUAAAUAAAGACGAAAUGAGAAGAUCGUCGGCGUUUCCUCGUUCAUUGUUCACGCAGCACAGUUCACUGUUCGAUAAUCUUCCCAGUCGUCGAUUAACGGAGACGAGAUCGUUUAGUCGGCCGGAGAGCGCACCUUGGAGGCAUGGAUAUUCAAACGAUCAACCUCGAAGAGAAAACUCGAUAAAGAAACGAUACUCGAGUAUCGGCGAAGAAAUCCAACCUCGAGAAAUGAAUUCGCAAACAACCUCGGAUAAAAAUCCCACCACUCGUUCGGAAUCCACAUCGACGACGACGACGACGACGACUAAAUCAAACUUUGAAACCCCCAUCGUCAACAACAAUGCAACAUCGAGUACUAACGAAUCUAGUAAAUCAAACGACGACGACGACAACACCAAAGUAGAACGAAAAUACAGACGAGAUUUUUCCAAACCAGUCGAUCUUCCCAGGCCUGCUGCGGAAACAUCUACGAGAAAACUAAGCAUCGAGGAAGAAUUCGAUAAAUUUUUCUCCAAAUACCGAAGACCAACGACGUUAGACCGGUAUAAAAGUCCUUCGGCGGAAAAAACCCGAAGCAGUAUCGAUUUGAAAUCAUAUUCUAGCGAAUUAAAUGGCAGCGGCGGCGGCGUGGGCGUUACGAAGAAAGCCGACGAUAGCGAUGUGAGCGAAAAAGACGAUUCGUUGAGGGGUAAACCUCCUCGAAGAUCGAGAUUUUUAAGACCGGAUUUCUACGAUACUCCGCCAGAAGAAAGUAAAUACGUUAUAAAAAACGAGAAAGUUCGAGCUUUCAGAGAGCGUAGUUUAUCUCGUCAGAGAGAAUUGUCGCGUAACAUGUCGACCGAAUCGUUCGCUUUGAGAACGUCACCUUUACACGAUUACGUUCGUAGUAAAACGUGCUCUUUGUCUGAUAAAUUAGAAAACGCCAAGAAAUUGGAUUCUUAUCGACGUACGAUUAGCGAAGAUAACAGUAAUAGUAAAUUCCAACUGAGCCGAUCUAGCAGUAGAAGCGAUAUGGAGACCGAGUUCAAAAUGUAUCCUAGUUCGUCUUCCAAAAGGAAGAGUUUAAUAUUACAAAACGAGCUGGAAAACGAGAUGAGAAAAACCAAGAACAUGAACUCGAAACUGAGCGGAUUAAUGAUCGCGUUAAACGAUAACGAGAAUCACUACGAAAAGAAACUAGAAAGACUGUACGGACUGAAAUCGAAAUCAGAUUUGGCUGAAAACGUUACCGAUCAAUCAACCGUAGAAGAAGUUGCCACCAUCAAGGCAGACCAUAGCGAAAGUAACGGUGUAUCGGAAACCCAAACCAAUGGUGAUAAAAAUUCUUCUCUAAUCGAUAAUAAAAAACAUAAUUUCGAAAACAAAUACACUUCGAAGCCAGAUCGAUUGCGAGAAUUUAGUAAUAUAUCGAAUUCUACCCUAGACAAAGUCAAUUUAGCCGAAUCCAGCGGUAGUAAAAUCCAAACAGGAAACGUCACCAAACCGAACAACGUCGAUAACCUGGCUGAAAAACUUUCCCUACUGGAGAAAAAAGUCGCUUAUUUUAAGAAAUUACAAAGUUAUUCUACCGAAGAAAAAGAAAAGACUGAGAAAGAUGCUGUUAUUACUCGAGGUACGAAUUCCGAUUUGAAAGCGUCUACUUCCGGCACAUCGACUGCUAGUUUUGAUAACGAUACUACGUCUUCUUUGAAUACACCUCCUGAUGACGGAGAUAGCGACGGAUGUUCGGUAUUUUCCGACGGUGGUAACGAUUUGCAGUAUUUAGAAAGCAUGAACGAUCGAAUUCGAAGGAGAAGCUUUUACUCUAGAUUUAAUAUAUAUAAACAGAAAUCAACACCGAAUACGCAGAAAACCAAACCGGUCGCGUAUUCUCGAUCAUUAUCCGCUGAUUACAGACAAAAACCAGCCAGUUCUUCCAAGCCUGCUCAGUAAUGAAGAUCGAUUGUUUCAAUAUACAAUAUACUCAAAUCAGUAUUAGGAUUACGUAGAUUGUUUUUUUUCCUAUUAUUUUUUUUUUUAGUCUCGAUGAUGAUUUUUUUUUGAAUGAAGUUUUGUUUCGCUGUGAUGCUUCGUCAAAUAAGUAUAACUGAAAUUUUAUCGAAUGUAUUUUUGUAUUGGCUGUCGACAUUUUCGAUACCUCGUUUGUUACCGUUGAAUUCAUCGUUGUUGAAAAAAAGUACAAAAAUAAUAAUUUACAAACCUAAUAAUACUCAUAUUAUCAAAAUGGCCCCGUUUCAUGUUGGUAAGGACGUAUACUUCCUGUUUGUUCGGAUUGAAAAGUUACCUUUAUAUUAAAUUAUUUUCUAUAUUUUGUUACUAUCUAUAUGCGUACGAUUGCUGCAAUAAUAUUCAUUUUUUACACAUCACAAAUCACCAAAAAUAAUUCAAUCAUUUAACGGUAAAUCAUUCGUAUUUAUAUGUUCUGAUCAUUUGACCAAUCCCAAACAUAAUAUUAUUAGGUACCUACCUACAUCGAGUUACCAUUAAACAUCAGUUUACUAAUAAAUCUACUUCAUCUUCGCUCGAUUUUUGAUUGUGAUGGACAAUAUGUGCAUUAUUUUGUUACAUUUUUACCUACCAUCCGGCAAUAAUACAAACAUGCAAUAUAUUUAGAGAAAUUAAGGUUGAUGAUUUUUUUAUUUAUUAGAAACGUACAAACGUACCCACCGGUGUAAUUAUUUAUUUCGAAUUAUUUUGUAAUUUUCGUAUUGAAAAUGUUUUAUAUAACUUUAUUACGUAGAUGGCAGUUAAUUCACUUUAUGUACCUAAACGCGUAUACCUACCUUAUUUAUUUUUAUUUCUUCUCUCUUUCUUUCAUUGGUCUUGUUUUGUUUUGCACGUUAUGCGUACAUAUACGUUUUAUUUUGUUUCGUGAGUAUGUGUGUUGUAUACGAUUACGAUAUUUAUAUACAAUAAGUACAUUAUAUUAUAGUUGAUAGUUAUUAUGGAAAAAACAUACACGUAUUUUCCUCGAUAUAGUUAAACAUCUGUUACUAACUUUUAAUUCAGAGCUAAAUCAUGUAAAAUUAGCAUUAACCAUGUGAUUUUAUUAUUCUAGUCUUUAAUGACAUUUUUUUUAUUAAUUAAUUUUCGUUACAAUAAACCUUUUGUUUAUGCUGUGGA